AUGGGAAAUACUGUAAAUAAAAAAGUAAAUUCCGCAAUUGAAGAAAACAGGAUAAAUAACAAAAAAAAAUCAGGAAAAAAAUAUAAUAUUUUAAUUUUAGGCCUUAACGGAUCAGGAAAAACAACACUACUAUAUCAUAAUUUUAUUCCAGAAUGGACGAACAUCACUUCUUAUAUGGAACCAACAAUUUCUUAUCAUUAUGAAGAAAUCAAAUGGAUAAAUGGAACAAUUGGUUUUUGGGACAUUUCAGGAAAUCCAAUAAUGAGAAAUAUUUGGAAAUUAAUUUAUAGAAAUGUUAAAGUAAAUGCAAUAUUAUACGUUAUCAAUAUAAUGGAUAUAUCAGAUGAAAGUACUACAGAAAAUAACAUGCUAAUAAGUCUCUUAAUGAACGAUGAAUGUUUACAAGCAUCUUGUGUUGUUUUAGUUUUUAACACUUUUAAUAAUGUGAACAUCAUAGAUGAUACAUUUAAAAAUGAACUAUUAAUUAAAUAUAAAAUUAAGGAUUUAAUUAAUGACUAUGGAAACAGGAUUCAUUAUAUUUUUGUUGACUGCAAAAAUUGUAAUUUAGACAAAAAUUGGAUGGAUUUAAUAAAACAGAUUUCAUAUUAUUUUUAA